ACAAAAUGGAUACUGAUGGCCAGUCACCUCACGGCGUCACUUCCUAGCCGCAGUCCCCGCCCCCUUGGAGCCCGGCACCGCCAGGCUCCGCCAAUCAGCUGCCCCUGCAGCGUGCGCAACGUCAGCCACCUGUCACGGAUGCUCCACCCCUCUCCUCCCGGCAACUGGUCGGUUGCUAGGAGAAGGGGAGGGUUGCUAGGAAGUAGCGGGGAAAAUGGUCACGACGUCAGCGGGAGGGAGUAUUAUGGGCUGGCGGUGAGGCACCAGCUGAAGGGAGGUUCGAGCGUUCUCCUUUUCACUGUUGCGCCCGAGAGUCGGCGAGUGGAUAUUAUGGAGCUGUCUGCCGUGGGGGAGAGGGUUUUCGCCGCCGAAUCUCUUCUCAAGCGCCGCAUCAGGAAAGGUCGAGUCGAGUACCUGGUGAAAUGGAAGGGCUGGUCUCCCAAGUACAGUACGUGGGAGCCAGAAGAAAAUAUCCUGGACGCCCGUCUGAUAUCAGCCUUUGACGAGAGGGAACGAGAAAGGGAAAUGUAUGGGCCAAAAAAGCGUGGACCCAAACCGAAGACGUUCCUGCUAAAGGCAAAAGCGAAGACGUACGCCUUCCGCAGUGAUGUGGCGAGGGGUCUGAGGAUGACCUACCCAGGCAGAUCGGGUCAAGAAUCCAGCUUUUCCUCCACCAGAUCCAGAGAAGGUCUUCGCAGAGAUCCCGCCGCGACUUUGCAGCACAGCACACUGUCCAGGGGCGAGACGUCUAAAGACCGGACUGCCAGGGUCGAGGACGUUUCCAGAACUCACCAGAAAACGGAGUCUCACAAACACAGAGGAGAAAGUGGUUCCAGGAAGAAGGCAGCGAGGCACACCAAAGUGGACUACAAAAACAACCGGACCUUGCGCGCUUGUUCCCCCAAAAUAAGUGCACCGAGUGAACUUGAGGGAGGGCUGCCGACAUAUCCUCACUUUAAACGGAGGAAAUCUGAGGAUCUUGAUUCCGGGAGCGACGAGCUGGAGGAGAAGGUGGAAAGCGGACUACUGCACUUCAGUGAUAGACAGGAAGCGAAGCUGGGCGGUGCGGCCAGAACGCACCUGAAUCGCGCUUCGCUGGGCUACAGCGACAACAAAUACGGUGCGGACUCUCACACUCUUCGGACUAAACAGGCCACGGAAAGUACAGUCUCUAAGAGUGAACCGGGGGUGGACGCCUCUGCACUUAAAAGUAAGCACUUAGCCGAGGGCACGGUGUCGAGGAAUAAUAGUGUGUGUGUAUCCCGAUUUCUGUCCGAACCGGAGGAGUCCUGGAGCCCCUCACUGAACAAUUUGGAGAAAGUGGUGGUCACGGAUGUCACGUCAAACUUUCUGACCGUUACCAUCAAAGAAAGCAGCACGGAUGAAGGGUUCUUCAAAGAAAAAGUUUAAAAACUUAUUGACUGUUUUUUUCAGUCAGUGUCACUGAAUUGUUGGGAAAAUAACAAUGUUCUUUUUGGAAUGGGUUGUAUAUAGUUUCCAUUUACCAGAUAAAGCAAAUUUUGGAUGUUUAAAAACGAAGUGCCGUUUUCUUAGGCCUCUGUUGUAGGCUGUAUUUCGGUUGCAGUAAUAAAAAAAAACUUUUAUUAAACGCUUAAAGAAAGAGGCUAAAGUCAAACAGUCAACGUUUGACGCUUGAUUUUUGCCCGAAGUGGGGUGACAUUUGGGAUUGGAGCGGGUUAAUAUUGCGAUUUGAUUGGUAAGGACCAAUCACUCGCCCUGAACAAUCUGCCAAUCAACAUACUCCACCGGAGUACUUGUCUUAAUUUGGGCCAUUUCAUUUGAUGGAUCGCAUUGGAUUUGGAGGAAGCCUCCUUGGACACCACAUGAACUAUUUUCUGGCUAAAGUUGUAAGGUAGCAGCAAAUGAUUUCAGAAUUGACUGCAGUGAAUGAGUUGACUUGUUUUGGAUUUUAGGGACACCAUUUUAUUACUAAAUUCAAAUUACCAAGAGAUGUUCUUAAUCUAAAUGCAGUUUUUAUAUAUAAUGCUGCUGAUUGCACUUUUCAUUUCUUUAAACUGUAAUUAAAUGCUACUGAGCGAGUUGCUGUGUUCAGUAGAGCAGAGAGCAGGACUGUAUUCCAACUUUUGUUUUGACUGAAAACGUUUGAGCUUGAUAAUAUUCCCUAAUGCACGCAGGAAUUCUUGUGAUACAGUACUGUCACGCAUAUCUGGCAAGUUAAAAAUAUUUUCUCAUCUCUUUGACGUGACAAAGUUUAAACUUCUGGGGGGAAUUGCUUUCACUUUCUUUUGCCCUCGGGUGCCAGCCUCUUUGGGUGGAGCACUACUCAAACAUGGGUUUAACACUCGUGGUAUACACGCAGUGCCAUCUUUAUUUAUGUAUACCUAUACACCUACUUGUUAAUGCAAAUUUCUAAUCAGCCAAUCAUGCAGCAGCAUCUCAAUGCAGGAAAGCAUGCAGACAUGGUCAAGAGGUUCAGUUGUUCAGACCAAACGUCAGAAUGGGGAUGAACUGUGGCUAGGUACUGUGGAAUGAUCAUUGGUGCCAUAUGAGGUGGUUUGAGUAUCUCUGAAGCUGAUAACCUCCUGGGGUUUUCAUGCACAACUGUAUCUGUAGGUAAGAAUGAAUGAUGCAAAAGAAAAUCUAGUGAAUGGCAGUUCUGGGGUUAAAACACCUUAUUAAUUAAUGAGAGAGGUCAGAGGAGAAGGUUUGAACAGGAAGGUGUCAGUAACUCAUAUAGUCACAAGCUACAACAGUGGUGUGUGAACAUCUCUGAAUGCACAACGUAUGGAACGUUGAAGUGGAUGGGCUGCAGCAGCAAAGGACCCUAUUGAUUGGCGAGGGCCAAUCGCUCACUUGAGCAAUAAAGUGACCACUGAGUGUAUAUUCAACUUUAGGCACUCUACAGAGCAAAUGCUUUGUAUUAUUAUCCUUAUCAUUGACAUCUUGUCAGGGGGAGAUGUGGGUGUCUUUUAAUGAAUAAUCAGAAAAAUUCCUUAUGUAGUCAUAUAAUUGUCAUUGGGCAUCCCCACCAAUAAACCAAUCAGUAACAAUUUCAUUAGAUUACUGCUCUUUGGGAGACUUUUUCAGAUUAUUACAGUAGAUUUAACUUUACAAUCAAAAGCUGGUAUGGGCAAAUUGACACUAGCAUAUAUUGUGUUCCAUUUGGUUUAUUUUAAGAAAGGAAAUCAGAAUGAAGUCAAAUUAAUUCUUUAGGGGCAAUAUGUUUGUCAUCGUUCCAUAGUACUAACAUACACAACUGAUGGAUUACAGGGAUUAAACCAUAGCAACAGUAGCUUGUAACUUUUUUUUAAAAGAAAAUCAUAUUUCCAACAAUGCAAAGGAAGUGACCUUAUCUCCUUUGCUUAGAGAUUUAAUGCUUCAGCUGUGGCUGGAGCCAUUCAGUUUAGAAUUCAAUUAUUCUAAAGGUCUCCUGGUAAAGGUGUGUGUGUGUGUGUGUGUGUGUGUGUGUGCAUACACACUCUGCAAUGACAGCUGUAUUGUGCUCAUUUGAAAUUUGAUUGCAGCAAGCCAAUCCAAAUCUUCCACUGGUUCCCACUGCAACAAUCAUCUUAUGUAUUGGACCAGAAGUGCUGUCUGUGUGUUGUCUUUGGAAAAUGUGACUGAACUCAUCAGAAAUAGAGGGUUUUGUCUGCAUUGUUUCUUCCAUAUUUUCAGGAUUUCAGUCACCACCUGAAAAAUUUGGUCCUUUGUCAAAGUACAUCUUUAAACCCCUGAAAACUUCUUGUUUGUGCCAUAUAUGCUAUUUUUGCCAACUAGUUUUGUGUAAUAAUUUCUUUAAAGCUAACUUUGUCACUUUGAAGUGGGAAGGAAAAAAAUGGAUGAAAUGACACUUGAGUGUUUGAUCACUUUAAUCACAUAACUGUGGCCAAUCCUUAAGUAUAGCGUCAAUAUUUAGAUGAUGGAAACUAUUACGAGGUCAUUCGGGGCUUGGGUCAGUCUUCACAAGAUUUAGGAAUUUCUCUAAAGAAUAUUAACUCAUGUUGAAUCCAUUAACUUUAUAUGUCCAUGCCUUCAGAAUACCUCCUGAGGGCCAGGUGUAGCCAAUAAAGAUUUAUACUUCCUAAAAUAUAAACUCCUGCCAAAAUUUACCAAAGGAAAAGACCUAAUUAAAGGAAUGGAGUUAGAGUUAUAAAAUCGGGAGGAUAGAAAUGGAAAUCAAUAUUAGCUAGUUGUACAGCUUGGGUGAAUUAUCAAUGGACACUGCUGCAUGCGUUCGGAAAUGCAGCUAACUAAAAUUCCAGUGUGGACCUGCAUAUGUCACGACGAUACAGGAUGUUUUGUAUUUGACAUUAGCUUAAUGUGUUCUUAAUUGGACAUUGAAUGUCUUGGACUAUUAAAACUUGAAGACGCAGGGCCUGUUGCCGAAUGUACUGUAAAUUAGCUUGUGCAGGCUGUCCCAAUGGGCUCUUGGUGCUGUCAGAACGUGUAGAAAUUGUAUAAUAUCCGGGAAGACUUUCCCCUAAAUGAAACUAGCCAUUAAGGUCUUGGUGAAACAGUGUAGUAGACUUGCCCGACAAAAGGGCGAAGAACAUUAACGUCUAGGCAGUGGCUUCAAAGUGUUCUUUGAGCCAGCUGGCAUUUCUAAACGUAAUCAUGACUAAAUUUCAACCUCGUUAUGCAUCGCAAGCUUCAUGUAAUUUUCUGUAAAUAUUAUUCAGAUGUCAAACAUUUUGUUUAGAAUACACAAAAAAGAAUGUAUGCUAUUAUAAUUAAAUAUUUUAUGUAUUCCGUAUAAUGGACAGCGUUUAAUACUGUACAUUGCACUUAAAACUAUUGUUUCGGUAUUUGACUAUAAAUGUUCUUUGCGAAAGAUUAAAGUAACCGUUUUAAAGGCGUUUAGAACGUUUGCACUCC